GUUGAUGCUACACCGCGACCAGCUCCAAAGGUGAAAGAUGCUCCUCGAAUACCUCUAGGGUUCUUUGACGAUGCACUGCGAGGGGAUAAUCUGCGCAUUCGUCUAUCCCAAUCCCAUGAGCUACAUGACCGCCCCGCUCCAGCACCACGUCAACACACCCUCAGUCCCUUUUCCUCAUUCUGGCGCUCCGAGUCACAUGGGGCAACUGAGCGCGACACUCAAUCCCGAUCCCGACCUCUCAGCUGGACUCGAAACCUAGUAUCUCGUAUACGCAGACGAGAUGGAUCAGACAUCCAGUUGCGAGAGGUCGAGGUCCCUUACACAGCGGGAAAGCCUAGGAACCAUCACGCGAGGAAGAAGCUAGCCGCCAGCUCGUCUCGACCUUCCAAUACUCAUAUCACACAGCAACACAGCGCGACAACAAAGAGUACACCACCAUCGUCACAGCAACUACCACCCAUUUCGACUGCCCCGACACCGUCCAUUGUCUCUGGUACCGCUGAGGCAACGGGAACAACCUCACGUCCUCAUAUCACCGUUACUGGAUGGCGUGCUCGUUUUGUUGGCUGGUUGUGUUGUAUGCCUAUUCAAAGCGGUCAACAUUAAUAUUAGUGACACAGUCCAGCUACUGCAUUGGCUACCAGAACGACAUCGCGACGCAAUAUCACUGUCGUACAGGCCGGAUGCUGGACACGUUUCUUACUCCUCGCUGACAUUUUCUAUUGUCUCAUAUCAUUCUCGUAGACCUCCUCCACUGAGUCGUUUUUUUGUGAUCCAUUUCUGUCUGUUGAGAUAUAGACUCUAGUCAUUACUUGCUAGUCUAAUGGGGCCCACUUCAUCAUUGUACUGUAUUUCCUACUAUAAUGUUUCGUUCUUGACAUGGCAAUUCUUAGUGCGAAAUUCCUGGUAGAAC